CGCUUUGAAACGGUUGUGUCCCCGGGAAUAUCCAACUCUGCAAAGCAGUUAACGGGCACGAUGAAGGAUGGUAGGUCGUGCCGCGUCCUCUCGUCUUGUUUUCGCGCGGGACAUAGAUCAGGUGACCCCAAAGCGGGCCGGGGUUGAGGCUGGCCGGCACAAAGCACGCUUCCACGCAGUCACUACCAGGCCCCAGCACGCCCACACCCUCUCAACCGUUACUUAACACAUGACCCGCCGCGCAAUCCUACAAGCACAGUUAGCAGUGAAGACGACGGCAGAGUGCAUAGGGCGCCCUUACGGCCGAGAGUGUAGCAGUGAAAGUGGUUUACAGUUCCUCGUGCAGCUCGCUCACCUGGGGACCCCGGCUGGUCUUACUCCAUCGCGCCAACAUCCUCACAAUCCUCGCAGGGCAGCUUCUGCUCUCACUGGUGCUGUGCAGUUUUGGAGUACUGGUGGCAAAUACACUCGACAUUCGUCCCAUCUCCAUAGAAGAUGUUUUGAGGGCAAAUCCUGGCCUGAAGGCUGAACUAAGGAAAAAAAUCGAAGAGAGCAAAAAUGAGCCCACAAGUGUCCCCGCCACUGCCUCAGCCCCUGCAACAACCACUGCAGCAACCACCACAACCACCACUACAACACCAUCUCCUCAGGCUGAUUCUCCUCCCUCCACAACCCCCGAGUCAACGACUACAAGGCAACCUGGCCGUCGACGUCGGCCUGGAGCAGGUGCUCGGCGCAGGUUGAGAGUUUCUAACAACGACGCCGAAGAAGCACCCAUUCAGAAUGGCCGAACAUUCCCACAAUAGACACACAAACAAUAGCUGGCUAGACUGCCAGGGAAUGUGGUGAAUGGAGAUUCCAAAUACAAAGAACAGUACAUUCAAAAUGUAACUGAUAAGAGUAAUGCCAAGAAGAUACAAAAAAGUUAAACCAAUUUAUUUUGGAAUGCACUUUGUUAAAUUAUUUAGACAUGUUUGAAAUAUUAUAACAUAUGAGUACCUGUCAUUCGCCUCAUAUCAUUUUCAAAUCUUAAUUAAAGGAGAUCCUACUAAUUCACCAACUUAAUUCUGAAGUGCCUGAAAAUAUCCAGAAUGUGAGAUCAGUGGAAUUACUUUAAAAAGUAAAGUCAAGACUUUUCCUAUUACAUGUACACUUUCACAUCUAGUAGCUUUGAAUUUUCUUGGAAAAUGCUUCUUCCAAAAAUAUUUUGUCUUUUUCUUAAGGUUUUGAAGUAUUUUGUCUAAACCAAACAACAAUCAUGGCAUUUAUUUUCAAUGAAACUCUUCUACAAACAUUUGUGACCUGAAUGUUAAAACAUUGAGCAAACUGAAUGAUGUUCCCAGGAUCUACAUCCAGCACUUUAAACAUUUGCCACUUUGUAACCUGCAUGGUUUGUUUCUUAAUAUAUUAUGUUAAAUAUU